CUAAGCAAACAUGAAAAGUUUCUUGAGCCCAUCACUGGUUCAAUUUGGAGUGAAGAGUCUUGCUCAUCUAAUGAGCAAAAUUCUACCCUUAUUCACUUGCUUAGGCAGGAAAUUACUUUCUUUUAGCAAAUCUCUUAGAACAUUGUCUGCUAAAUUGUAUCGGUUUUUGGCUUUUCAAGUAGACCCAUUUUGGAUUCACCUAUUCUACCUUGUCUCUGUUUCUUUUCUUGGUUUUCUGGGUUUGAAGGUUUUUAAGCCAGGGAAUGAAACAUUCAUGCCUAGCGACCUCAAUAUAUUCUUCAUGUCAGUAUCUGCAACUACUGUUUCGAGCAAUGCAACCGUCGAGAUGGAGGUUUUCUCCGGAACCCAACUAGUGGUUUUUACUCUUCUGAUGCUGCUAGGUGGAGAGGUCUUUACUUCCAUGCUGGGUCUUCAACUCAGUUUACCCAAGUACACUGCUGAAUCAGAGAAGAAUGAAAUCGAAAUUAAUGCUUGUCACAAGGAUCAGCCCAUCUCUGCCACUCCAUUCGACAUCGAAACUCAGCAGGAUUCAACUUCUAUAUCGAGCUCUGAACAAUCAAAGUUGGGUACCAGAGCUGGAUUCAACUUUGACACAGGGAACACAGGGGAGUUGAAGUAUAAUUCACUAAGGUACUUGUGCCUAAUUCUGCUGGGUUACCUGAUAUGUGUUCAUAUCUGUGGUUAUUCUCUCAUUCAACUUUACAUGAGCUAUGUUCAAAGUGCAAGGGAAAUACUCAAGAAGAAGAGGCUUCAGACAGUUACAUUCUCAGUGUUUGCGGCAAUAUCGUCUUUUGCCAAUUGUGGGUUUCUUCCGUUAAAUGAGAACAUGGCCAUCUUCAGGAAGAAUUCUGGUCUUCUGUUAAUAAUUAUCCCUCAAGUUCUCAUGGGAAAUACAUUGUUUCCAGUUUGCUUGAGAUUGAUUAUAUGGGUCUUGUGGAAAUUCACCCACAGAGAUGAAUUUGAUUACAUGUUGAAGAACACUAGCGAAAUGGGUUAUUCACAUCUUUUCUCUAGCCUUCCUACCUGCUUCUUGGGUCUCACUGCCUUAGCUUUUCUGCUGCUACAAUUUGUGCUGUUCUGCAUUCUGGAAUGGAAUUCAGAACCAUUAGACGGGUUGAAUUCUUAUCAGAAACUCGUGGGCGCAUUGUUUCAGUCUGUGAAUUCUAGACAUGCCGGCGAGUCCAUAUUUGAUUUAUCCGUUCUUUCUCCACCAAUCUUGGUUCUCUACGUCGCUAUGAUGUAUCUUCCUGCUUAUACUUCAUUUUUGCCCAUUGAACAAGAUGGACAGCUCUCAAUAAAGAAUAAAAAGGGAAAAAAGAGAAGAAGACGAUUGAUGGAAACCUUCGGAUCUUCACCGAUAGCCUACUUGGUCAUCUUUGUAAUCCUCAUUUGCAUCACUGAGAGAGAAAAAAUGAGGGAAGAUCCUCUCAACUUCAGUAUUUUCAACAUCAUCCUAGAAGUGAUCAGUGCCUACGCAAAUGUGGGGUUCUCGACUGGAUAUAGUUGUGAACGGAGGAUCAAAUCUGAUAACUACUGCAGGGAUGCUUCAUAUGGCUUUUGUGGAAGAUGGAGUAAUAAAGGGAAAGUGAUCCUUAUCAUAGUAAUGAUAUUAGGAAAGCUUAAGAAUUUCAAAACCAAAAGGGAUAAAACAUGGAAGUUGUCACUGUAUGUACAUCAAAGACAUUGAGAGAACAAUAAUAGACAAAUCCUUUAGAUGGUAAAGAAUUGCUUGCAAAGACAAAA